AUUAACUUUCUUUUUUUGUUUUAAAGUGUAAUUUUGAUAUAAAAUGUUAAAAAUUUGUCAACUAUUGUGUCGUGUGUCGCCUAAACCGAAGUUUCAAAGUUUUUUGAGAAAAUUUUCUGAAAAAAAUACAGAAAAUGUGAAAUUUGCCAAAUUGAAUCACCGCGCUGUGGUCCAACUAGGCGGCAAAGACACAAUUGAACAUUUACAAGGUUUGGUCACAAACGAUGUAACUUUGCUGCCUUCAUCCAAGUGUAUGUACGCUAUGAUGUUAAACACGCAAGGCAGGAUUGACCAUAACCUUAUAUUGCAUUGGAACGAUGGGGAAGUUUUAAUCGACUGUGACGAAAGCAGGGCUGAUAUUUUCAUGAAAUUGUUGAAGAGAUAUAAACUUCGUAAAAAAGUUGAAAUUCUCGAAAGAAACGAUUUAAAUAUCUGGCAAAGUUGGAAUGAAAGUUGCAGCAAUGUUAUGCCUGAUGUUAAACAUCAUGUUUGUGCCAAUCCUGAUCCAAGAGUUAAACUAAUGGGGUGGAGGGUUGUAUCAUGUGACCAACCAUGUGAUGAUGUUAUGAUGACAUCAUCAAAGGACUACCAUAUAUGGAGAUACAAAGUCGGGGUGCCGGAAACGGACAUCGAUCUUCCACCAGGAAAGAGUUUGCCUCUUGAAAGCAACUUAGACUUCAUGCAUGGUAUCAACUUCCACAAGGGUUGUUACCUCGGACAGGAGUUAACGGCGCGAACCCACCACACGGGGGUCGUGAGGAAACGACUCAUACCCGUUGAGAUAUUAGAAGGGAAAGUCCCUGAACCGGGAACAUCUCUUCGAUCCGAAAACAAUAAAUCAGCCGGAAGGUUGCGGGGGGUUGUGGGUGGAAAACAUGGACUUGCGCUGAUUAAACUCGAUUACGAGGGGCAGAUACUGACCACUAGUGGAGGUACUAAGUUGAAAGGACAAAGGCCAUUGUGGUGGCAUAAUGAGGGGAGGAGUUACUCGGAUGGGGCGUGCCAACCAAGUAAUAUAAAUGUCAAAACUUGAAGUUUAUUUGUUUUCUGUUCUCUCAUGAAGUUUAUUUUGCUGCUGUUAUUACUCGCCGUAUUGUGAGAUCGGAAAUUGCUUAUCUACGUAACAAUAUUGUAAUUUUAUGUGAUAUAAAGUUCACUCUGUUGUUCAUAAGAAUAUACAAAUUUCACAUCUUAUUUCCCUGUUGUUGCAUUGUUACGUAACAAUGCUUGUGUUAGUGCUUGUUUUGGUUUUGCAAAUGUUUAGCAGCGUUCUUGUUAAAUUUUAUUAAGAUGUAUUAUUCACAACAUUAUAACUUUGGGUUGUUCAUCUAAUUUGUAAUUUCUAAUUCAAUAAACUCUAACUUAGGUUAUUUAUUAGUUAAGUUUUGCUCAAGUUUAAAUGUAAAACUUAUAAGUUUUCUUAUCUGCAUAUUUUGUAACCCCAGUAUCUCCACAG